GACGGAUGCCCAAAUCUUUUAAGACAUUACAAAGCCCAUACUUCAGUUAUUGUUCAUGUGUUAUUGGAAAUCGGUUAAGUCACGUUUUAUGCCAUCCUCCAUUCUCCAUUACGAAAGCGACAUACCGAUAUACAUGCUGAUAUAUAGGUACAUAAAAGUAGGUAGGGCAGCUGAGUAGUUUGAAAAAAAAACAUCCGAGCUUCUCUACAUUCCAAUCCGUUCUCUCAUUCGGCAUCAUCCGAAAACAUACGCCAUAUGCCAUACGCCAUACAUCAAUAUCUACCACGUUAGGUACUUGAAAGGGCAACAGGCUAUAGGCAACUUUAAAGCACAUUUGCCUCCUAUGCCAAUAAAGACAAACCUUGCUCGAGCGCGCCGCCGGAAUACUCACAAAGGGAAAACAAUGGCGUCCUUGAGCUUCCGUCUUAACCCUACUUAUCCAAAUCAAAAUAAUCAGGAUGAGACGUUGAAUCAAAAUGACAACGUUACUUCAACCAUGGCCAGUUCAGCGGCUUACAGAGAUCAGAAGCCUGAGAUUCCUGACCUGUUUACAAGUCCGCCCCCAAUUCAAGACACGCUCUCAACCAAGACUUCUACUUUACAAAAUGAGACCGUGGAUGAUUGCUUACCAUUCUUAACUGCCGAGGUUGAACACUUGCAUUAUAACCAGUAUGGUAUACCACACCUCGCUCGAGAACGACAUAUCAAGUUUCUUCGGAAGCAUCUAGAGAGACUUCCGGGUCGUUAUGUAGCGUUAGAUGCAAGCAGGCCCUGGAUGCUUUACUGGUCCCUCAACGGCCUAGCUAUCUUAGGCGAGGACGUUUCUUGCUACCGUGAUGCCCUUGUCGAGACGGCACGUUCCAUGCAAAACACCAACGGAGGCUUCGGGGGAGGUAUCGGUCACGAAUCCCAUCUAGCUUGUACCUAUAGCAUGGUAUUGGCCUUGUCCGUGGUUGGAGGAGAAUCUGCGUAUGAAGUUAUUGACCGGAGAGCUCUUUGGAAAUGGCUUUGUGCCUUGAAGCGGCCGGAUGGGGGCUUCCAGAUGGCUGUCGGCGGUGAAGUCGACAUAAGGGGAGCUUAUUGUGCAGCCGUAUUAGUUACUCUACUUAACCUUCCUCUCGACUUGUCGUCCGACUCUCCGGCCUGGACGACCGACCAACCAAACUUAUUCUCUGGUUUAGGGGACUAUGUACGCCAAUGCCAAAGCUUCGAAGGCGGAAUUUCGGCGCAACCAGAUGGUGAAGCGCAUGGAGCUUAUGCUUUCUGUGCUUUAGGUUGUCUAGCAAUCCUCGGUGCUCCUCAUCGUACCUUUGCCAGAUACCUUGACGUCCCACGGCUAAUCUCUUGGCUCUCAUCACGACAAUAUGCCCCAGAAGGCGGGCUCGGUGGUCGCACGAACAAGCUCGUCGAUGGCUGCUAUAGCCAUUGGGUCGGUUGUUGUUGGCCGUUAAUUGAAGCCAGCCUUGCUGGGCCGUCUAGUCUUAUGUUCGACGUAAACAAAACUAAAAAUUCUGACAUUGAUAUUCACAAUCUUUACAGUCGCGAAGGACUCGUCCGUUAUAUACUUUGCUGUGCGCAAGAGACCUCCAAAAGGGGUGGUAUGAGAGAUAAGCCAGGCAAGUCUCCUGAUGCGUACCAUACUUGCUACGUACUCAGUGGGCUUUCCUCAGCUCAACACGUUACGCGUUUGCUUUCCUCGGAUGGUCAAGGGAUGAUGACGCAUUCGGAAUAUGACGUCUCGCCGCACCACGGAAACCCCCAGAUUUAUGAUGAGGAAGACCGAGUGAGCCCAACCGAUCCUGUAUAUUUUAUACCUGAGGGGAAACGGAAAGAGAUCAUGUCAUAUUUCCUAUCGAAGCCGGGGUUUUGACCCGCUUGUGGCCGCAUAUCAAGAGGCCUAUCCGACGCUACGCCGGGCCAAUACGAGGAAGGCUGAAAAAUUUCCCUCGAAAUCCUACGAUGCUUCGAUCUUUCCUUCGCCCAUGAACCGUGAGUGUCAGCAUUACGGCUUCUCACGUGUCGUAUUAUAUAGCAUAGCUUCACUAAUAUGCUUUGUAUGAGUCUGACAAAUUACCCCCUUGGUCGAGACGGUUUAACCUGCGAAGUUGCCUACCUAUAUGGGCAUGCC